AUGUCUCUCUCUCUCCCUCUCUCUCUCCCUCUCUCUCUCUCCCUCUCUCUUUCCCUCUCUCUCCCUCUCUCUCUCUCUCUCCUGCCAACGAUAUUAAUUUGCGAUAUUAAUUUGCCUAAAUUUUCCAGCAAGAGGUCAUCUCUCUCCCCCCCCCUCUCUCUCUCCCUCUCUCUCUCUCUCUCUCUCUCUCUCUCUCUCUCUCUCUCUCUCUCUCUCUCUUAUCGAACUUUAAUCAAAAGCAGGCGGCGCUCAACUUAUUCGAAAAAAUAUUCCAACAUGACCCAAAGACUAAAUGAGUCGAUAACGAGGAGAUUGAGUCUUCCUAUGAAAGCGCUAAAGAAAAAAACAGAAAUUAAAGUGGAUGAACCAGAAGAAUUUCGGAUCCCGUCUGAUGGCAACAUUUAUGGCUUUGAUGUUGAACAAAUGCAAAUCUUCUUCUCUUGCUUCAACCUGGAAUCACGUCUAUUAGAUCAUUUACGAGAAAAGAAAGUUGAUGGCCGAAGGUUUUCCCGGUUGACAGAUUCCGAUCUGGACAGGAUCGGACUUCAAAAUGUCGUCAUGUGUUACUUUCGUGACAAGAGCAAACGGGUCACAUCCAAAUUCAUGCUUUGA